AUGGUAGUUGUUGCUGCCACUGCAUCAUUUGCGGCUGUGAUCAUUGGAUAUGAUUCAGGGUUCAUUGGUGGUACAGUCUCGUUGGCUUCUUUUCAAAAUGAAUUUGACAUGGCCCUGAUGUCAUCAUCUAAAAAGACAAGCAUAGAAUCAAAUGUUGUAUCGGUAUUCCAAGCAGGUGCUUUCUUUGGAGCAUUAUUCUUUUAUCCUAUUGGUGAAAUUUGGGGUAGGAAGUUGGGGUUAAUUUUAUCUGCAUUCUUAUUGGUCUUUGGUGCCGGAAUUUCUCUUGAAUCGAAACAUUCAACAGGUUUGGGAGCCAUAUACGCUGGUAGAGUCAUUACAGGAUUAGGAGUUGGUGGCUGUUCUGGGUUGGCACCUAUCUAUAUCAGUGAAUGUUCUCCUGCAAAAAUCAGAGGGAAAUUGGUUGGAGCAUGGGAAAUGUCCUGGCAAGUUGGAGGUAUUGUAGGGUAUUGGAUCAACUAUGGAGUUCUCCAAAAUAUGGAAUCAUCAAGAAAACAAUGGUUAAUUCCGUUUGCAAUCCAGCUAAUACCUUCUGGAUUAUUUUUUAUCGGAUGCUUUUUAAUACCAGAAUCGCCGAGGUUCUUGGUCCAAAAAGGAAAGAUCGAGGAAGCAAGAACAAGUCUCUCCACUUUAAGGGCAUUACCGUUAGAUCAUCCUUAUUCGAUAUUUGAAAUGGAUACCAUCGUCAAAGAUAUAGAAGAUAGAAAACUGAAGUUGCCAGGAGAUGGGUUCUUUGCUCCUAUAAGAAAAAUAAUUCUGUCAAAAAAGUUACUCAUAAGAUUAGUGUUAUCUACGUCUUUGUUCCUUAUGCAAAACGGCUUUGGUAUUAAUGCAAUUACAUACUAUUCCCCCAAGAUUUUUGCAUCCUUUGGUAUUGCUGGUUCAAAAUCGGGAUUAUUGUCAACUGGGGUUUUUGGGAUAUUGAAAGCAGUUGCUGCAUUAAUUUGGAUAUCUGUAAUAGUUGAUCGAUUAGGUCGAAGAACGGCAUUGAUCUACUUCUCCAUCCCCUGCUCCAUUUGUAUGUGGUACAUUGGUGCUUACAUCAAAAUAGCUGAUCCCGCUGCCCGAAUUGCUUCUGGUACAACAAAAAAUGAUGCUGGUGGAAGAGCAGCGCAGGCGUUGUUGUAUAUUUGGACAUUAUUUUAUGGUCUGAGUUGGAAUGGUACUCCUUGGGUUAUUAAUUCUGAGAUAUUUAGUCAGGAAAUUAGAACAGUGACACAGGCUAUUAAUGCCAUGUCGAAUUGGUUUUGGGCAUUCAUAAUGGGUCGUUUUUCUGGCCAAGCUAUGGAUGCUCUUGGUUUCAAAUUGUAUUUUAUUUUCGCAACAUGUAUGAUUGUUUUUCCAGUUAUUAUUUUCCUUUUCUAUCCUGAAACAAAAGAAGUUCCUUUGGAAGCAGUUGAUUAUUUAUUUGAAGUUCCAGCAUGGAGAGCAAGAAAAUAUGCCCUUGCAAAAUACCAACUGAAUCGCAAGGCUUAG